CCAUAUCCAUACAGAGUGCUUUAAAGACGUUCCUUUUUGUUUUAUUUGCUUUCCGCAUCCGACAUUGGAGGAAAAGAAGAGAGAGCUAGACGCGGCUGCCUUCCUUUCCCUUCUCCUCUUUUCUAUCUCCUCUCGCCCUCGAUGUCGCAUCCCUGGAACGCCAUCGUCCUUCCUAUGGAUUUUGAGGUCCACCUUAGCUAGCGGGGCCGAUUCGUCGAUUCCACAACCCUAAUCCAGGGAAAUUCGCGGGGUGGGGGGGUUGGGUUUGAGGAUGGAGGACACAUCAAAGAUGGAGGGCCAUCUGUCAUCUGCAGCCGCGUUCGUUGAAGGGGGCAUCCAAGAUGCCUGCGAUGAUGCUUGCAGCAUAUGUCUUGAGGCCUUCUGCGACAGCGAUCCUUCAACGGUGACUGGUUGCAAGCAUGAGUUCCAUCUUCAGUGCAUUCUUGAAUGGUGCCAAAGAAGCUCGCAAUGCCCCAUGUGUUGGCAGCCCAUUAGCUUGAAGGAUCCUACAAGCCAGGAACUACUUGAGGCUGUGGAACAAGAGAGGAGCAUCAGAGUUAAUCGAUCACGUCAUGCUACCAUAUUCCAUCACCCGAUGCUUGGAGAUUUUGAAUUGCAGCAUUUGCCAGUCAGUGCGGAUGAUGCUGAACUUGAAGAGCAUAUUAUCCAACACUUAGCUGCUGCUGCUGCAAUGGGUAGAGCACACCACAUUGCUAGAAGAGAGAGUCCGCGGGGUAGGUCAUCAUCUCAGGGGCGAUCACAAUUUCUGGUUUUCUCAAGGCCUUCAAGUGCACCUUCUAUUGGCUCUGUAUCUGGAUCUUCUGCUCAUAUAGGGGAAAAUGAACCAGCCCCAGCUAUCACUGCUGCUAUUCCAUCAGUUCCAUUUGCUGCUACAGAAGGGGAACCUAUACACCAGGAUGAGGUAAGCACAGGUCAAGCUGAUCAAGUUGCUAACUUGCCGUCUGGAAAUAGUGUUGCUGCUGCUAACAGUCCCCGGAAUUUUGCUGGUCAGUCUACUCCAGUCAGCCAGGAUAGAGCAGGACCAUCUGACUUCCAUUCAUUUUCAGAGACCUUAAAAUCUCGCCUCAGUGCGGUCUCGAUGAGAUACAAAGAGUCAAUAACUAAGAGUACGAGAGGAUGGAAAGAGAGGCUGUUCUCCCGAAGCAAUUCUAUAGCAGAUCUUGGUUCUGAAGUCAGGCGAGAGGUUAAUGCUGGAAUUGCCACUGUGUCACGCAUGAUAGAGCGCCUUGAAACAAGAGAAAAUGUUGGAGCAUCUGGAACCUCUGCCUCAAAUAGCACUCAAACUCAUUCAGUUACAGAGACAAGUGAUGGGAGGGCUAUAGGGAGUCAUAUUAACAGUCUUCCAAAUAAUACCAACAUAUCAGCUUCUUGUGCUGCAAAUUCAGGUCCAAACUAAUCUACAUUUUCUUGAGACCUUCAUUUGCUGUCAACAUGUAUUCUUGGAGCGUUCUAUUUGUUUUAUGCUUGGAGCCUUUAAGUUGAUGUUGAAACAUUUGUUACCAGUCUUUUCUUGACCAACUUGAGGAAGAUUGAUGGAUUAAAUAGCCACAGAAUGAUCAGAAAAGCAAGCAUGGCCCAAAAAAUUGUGGAGUUUUAUCCCUUACUGUGAAUUGGCUCCAGCAGAUGUUUUGGGUGCUAGGUUUAUAAAAUCUGCAAGUACAUUCAGUUUGUUUUAUCAAUUAUUUAAAUCAAUAUUAUGGAUUACUUUGAGCUUUCACUAGAGCAUGUAUAGCAAGCUGGUACCGAUUUCUAUAGCCAAUUUGAUGGUUGGAUAUCAUUUUCCUGGCUCU